ACCACCAAGUUGUGUUUUGACGCGUUGGGGGAGAGGACGGCAGCUGAAACGGGAGUCGUCCAUUGACUAAAUACCUGAAAUACGACCGAUUUAGGAGGAGCGAUGAAGUCGAGGUGGCAGAGAAAAGCAGUAUUAGCACUGCUAGUUCUUGGCCUGCUGUUACCUUUUGGUAUUAAAGCAGAUGACGACGACGAUGAAGAAGCUGUUGUUACAGAAGAGCAAACAGAAGGAGACGAAGAAGAUGUAGAGGAGGUUGUGUAUGCAACACCCAAGCCACUACCAAAUGCAUAUCUGACAGAAACAUUUGAUGACAUAGCUACUUUUGAGAAGACAUGGAUCAAAUCUGAAGCCAAGAAGGAUGGUGUUGAUGAUAACAUUGCUAAAUAUGAUGGUGUUUGGGCAGUAGAACCUGCUGAGCGAUUGGCCCUCACUGGGGAUCGUGGGUUGGUUUUAAAGUCAAAGGCAAAACAUGCAGCAAUUGCAGCACCAUUGAAGAAACCAUUUGUAUUCAGUAACAAGCCUUUUGUGGUUCAAUAUGAAGUUAAUUUACAGAAUGGUCAAGAAUGUGGUGGAGCAUAUAUCAAACUUAUCAGUGCCCAGAAAGGACGUGUGGAUCUUAAAAAUUUCCAUGACAAAACACCGUACACUAUUAUGUUUGGACCAGACAAAUGUGGCAAUGACUUCAAGUUGCAUUUCAUCUUCAGGCAUGUUAAUCCUCUCACUGAAGAAAUUGAAGAAAAGCAUGCUAAGAGACCACGUGACAAGAUUGAGGAACCAUUUAAGGAUAAGAAGUCUCAUCUGUACACAUUAGUAAUUCGACCAGACAACACCUUUGAAAUUAGCCUGGAUCAUGAGGUAAUCAAUUCAGGAAGUCUUCUGGAGGACUUCACCCCAUCUGUUAAUCCUCCCAAAGAAAUUGAUGAUCCUGAAGACUUUAUGCCAGAAGACUGGGAUGAAAGAGAAAAGAUUCCAGAUCCAGAAGCCACAAAGCCUGAUGACUGGGAUGAGGAUGCUCCCAUGCAGAUCCCUGAUCCAGUGGCUGAGAAACCCAGUGGAUGGCUGGAUGAUGAGCCAGAAAUGGUGCCAGAUCCCACUGCUGAGAAACCUGAUGACUGGGAUGAUGAAAUGGAUGGUGAAUGGGAAGCUCCUCUGAUCACCAAUCCCAAGUGUGUUGAUGCACCAGGCUGUGGAGAGUGGAAGCCUCCCAUGGUGGACAAUCCUGAGUUCAAGGGCAAAUGGCGUCCACCUAUGAUUGACAAUCCUAAUUACCGUGGAAAAUGGAAGCCGCGAAAGAUCGCCAACCCUGACUUCUUUGAAGACCUGGAACCUUUCAAGAUGACUGCUAUUGAUGCUGUUGGUCUGGAAUUGUGGUCAAUGUCAGACAAUAUCCUCUUUGACAACAUUCUUGUCACGGACAAUGUUGCUGAGGCUUACCAGUUUGCUCAAGAAACCUUUGACUUGAAGGUCAUGAAGAUAGAGAAGGGACAGACUGGUGUUAUUCGUCGAAUCAUCAACUACUCCAAUAAGAAUCCAUGGCUAUAUGGUAUCUACGUACUCCUAGUGGCCAUUCCUGUAGUGUUGAUAUUUGCCUGCUGUUGUGCAGAGGCAAAGGACACCAAGGAAGAUAAGGAUGCAGAAAGGAAAAAGACCGAUGCACCUUCUCCUGAUGAUCCACAAUCAGAACAACAAAAAGAAGAUUCUAGUCAAACUGCAGCAGAUGAUGAUGCUCCUGGAAGUGGGGAUGAAGCUGAAGGGGAUGAAGACAAAGGUGAUGAAGAGGGAGAGGAUGAGGAAGAUGAGGAAGAGGAAGAGGAAGCAGAGAAAGCUGAUGCAGCUGAGGAGGUCCAGACUCGCACAUCACCAAGGCUGCGCAAGUCCCGGAGAGAUUAAAUGGCUGUGGAUGAUGUACACUACAACUUUGGAGCAAGGAGAGGUGCAACAUGUACCUGUUGGAAGGAAGAUAUUUUUUGAUUGGAUUUUUAUAUGAGGCCUUAACAAUAUCUAUUAGUACAGUAUAAGCAUUUUAUGCAAGAUAUCUCAGUCAUAUAAUGUAGUGACAGAUGUGGGUAAUAUGUUCCAUUUUUGUUUCAUAAAUAGAAUAUUUUUGUCUUGUUCUAAUACAGAGAAGAGUUAUGGAUCCUGUAUUUUGCUCUGAUUACAGUAAGCUUGUUAUAUUUUACAUUGUAGUACCUAGUCAUGUUAGGCUCAGACUAUUUGAGAACAAAAAUGUAUUGUACAAUGUCAGUAGGUAUUUCUGUUAGCUCUUUCAAUUUUUAGGAAAUGCUGUGAUAGUCUGAAGCUUCUUACUUCAUCUCAGAUACAUUCCUUUGGUUCUUGAUCUGUGCCAGGUUAUUGUAUAGAAACAUGAACAGAGCAGGAAGAAAUGUUCUUUUCUUUUUGUUGUUGGAUAUAAAAUUAAUAUCAUAGAUGUAUGAUGACAUUUUGUAGUUCACUGUAAAGAUGUGUUUUCAGUUGACCUGUGAGUUUUGGCCACACUUCAUUUGUACAACUUAGUCUUAUUGGAAAGAACCAAUUUGUUAUAACUGUUAAAUUGUGUUUCACAGUUAUUUAACCUGUAUCUGCCAGGCCACACCUGUAGCCGUCAUAACAAACUGACUCAAUGUACCGGGUACGGCUACAGGUGUCACGACAAGUUCCACUACACAUAGUGGACUCCUGGCCCAUAUGGCAGGACGGGCCAGAAACCUCCGGAGUCAAUGACACCACGAGAUUUCUGAUACCAUCAUUUAGGGGUUAAAAGCUUAUUCCUAUGUAUGAUUUCUUGUAACCAUGUAUGUUUUCAUGGUAGUAUGGAUACAUAUAUUUGUGUAUGUUGUAUAGAUUUCUUUUUUUGUUAUUAUUUGUCUCAGAAUUGUAUAUUUGCACUUAGUCAUACCUAUAUUUUCAUCAGUUUGAUAAAAAUAUAUAACCAAAAAGUUAUCUCCCUUAUAUGGUAAGCCUGAAGGGAAAGUUUUCAUGUAGUAGGGAUUUUGAUGGCCUAAGAAUUUAUACUCCUAUACAUGAACUGUUGAUAGGACAGAAACUUGGAAGAUAUUUAUAAAACAAUAUUGAGAACUUAGCUGUAGUGCAACAAUGGAAUAUUUUGCUCUUUGCAAAUAUUUUAUUUUCUCACAGGUAAUGAUAUCUAGGCCACUUCUGUGCAGUUGUUGAGAAUUGGACAGUGAGUAAAUAAGUACAUAUAACAUAACCCUAAAAAAGACCUUAAGACCUAAUGUUGUCAACAUUAACUGAGUUGUAUUGUAGUUGUAAAGAAUAUACUAGCAUGUUCAUAUGUAUGAAUGACAGUAAGUUACUUUCUAUGGCAGGUUUUCCUAUGUUACUAAAGUCAUGUUCUUUAUUAUUUUUUAAGUAUGCUUCUUGUGAUUUCUUUUGCUUGAGCAUCUGAUUGAUGAAAAUUGUUAUUUAAAACUGAUAUACAAACAGGUAUUUCAUUAUUAUUAUUUUUUUUUUUCCAUUAUUAUUUUUUUUUUGCAUUGUUUAAAAUUUUAUUCCUGCCUGUAUGUUGUACAGAUGCUUUUACAAUAAACAUUUACAAGAAUUUA